AUGGGAAGUCGAAUCCACGUUUUUCCCAACGGAUCCCUGGUGAUAGAGGCAGUUACAGAGAAGGAUGCAGGUGACUAUUUAUGUGUCGCAAGAAACCACAUCGGAGAUGAUCUGAUACUGAUGAAAGUCAUCAUCACCAUGAAGCCCGCCAAGAUUGACCAGAAACAAUAUUUCAAAAAAUUGGUACCGUAUGGAAAAGACUUCAAAGUGGACUGCAAGGCGUCUGGGUUGCCUGCGCCGGAGAUAUCCUGGAGCUUGCCGGAUGGCACAACCAUCAACAGCGUGAUGCCGGCGGGGAGCGGCGGGCGCAGGGCGCGGAGGUACGUCCUCUUCGACAACGGAACUCUGUACCUCAACAAGGUUGGCUUGACGGAGGAAGGGGACUACACCUGCCACGCUCAGAACACCCUGGGAAGAGACGAGAUGAGGAUACACAUCACAGUGGUGACAACUGCCCCUCGCAUAAAGCACAGCUACAAGACCUACACGCAAGUGAACGCCGGAGACACGGCAUUAUUAGACUGUGAAGUUGUUGGAGAACCCAAGCCAAAAGUAUUCUGGUUACUCCCUACCAGUGACAUGAUCUCCUUUUCAAGAGAUCGGUACCUCCUGCACGCCAACGGCUCCCUGUCGGUCAGUCGAGUCAAACUGGUGGAUGCUGGGGAGUACAUGUGUGUCGCCCGCAACCCUGGAGGGGACGAUACAAAACUCUACAAAGUGGAUGUUGUUUCCAAACCGCCUACCAUAAAUGGUUUACACGCAAACAAAACCAUCAUGAAGGUGACAGCUGUGAGGCACGCAAAGAAGCAAAUCGACUGUCGGGCGGAAGGGACACCGACCCCUCAGAUUAUGUGGGUCAUGCCUGAUAAUAUUUUCCUAACAGCUCCGUAUUACGGGAGCAGGAUUACAGUGCACAAAAAUGGGACUCUUGAAAUUCGGAACCUGCGGCCUUCCGACACGGCGGAUUUCAUGUGUGUGGCGCGCAACGACGGCGGGGAGAGCGUGCUGGUGGUGCAGCUGCAGGUGCUGGAAAUGCUAAGGCGACCCACGUUUAAAAAUCCUUUCAAUGAGAAAGUAAUAGCAAAACCCGGAAAAACUAACGUAUUGAACUGUUCCGUGGAUGGAAAUCCUCCCCCCGAAAUAAGCUGGAUGCUGCCUAACGGCACGUGGUUUUCCGGGGGGAUCCGGAGCGGCCGGUUUCUCACGGGCGGCAACGGCACCCUUACCAUCCACAACACGGGCAGGGAGGACGCCGGGAAGUACCGCUGCGCGGCCAGGAACAAGGUCGGCUAUAUCGAAAAGCUCAUCGUGCUGGAGCUUGGCCAGAAGCCCAAUAUCCUGGUCCACGCGACGGGGCCGGUGAAGGGCAUCGGCGGGGGG